AUGAAGGGGUCGGGGAACGUGUUCUCUCUGUUGAUGAUGGUCUUGUCCUUUUGCAUAGGAUGUCUAGUUUCCUUCUUGGUGGAUUUUCCCUCAAAGGACUACAUUCCAUCAAACGACUUUUUCUCGGCUUCAUCUGACGAGGGCAUGUACCAGGAGCUAGCUAGAUCUUACAAGGCUACUGCUGUAAAAUGGAGAAGGCUGGCUGGACAAUCCUAUUGUGCCAGUGGGCUCGGUCCUACUGGUGGAUGGUGUUUAACAAAACAGCUCGUUGAAGAACAACACAUUCCAGCUGAUCCUGGUGUCAGUCGAGGCCUCGUAAAGUACUUGACCCCCUUGAUGACGAACAAUCGCCCAAUAACACUAGUAGACAUUGGUGCUGGUGUAGGUCAAUAUGGCACAUGGCUGAAGCAAAACAAUGUAAAAAACAUAACGUGGCAUGGAUUUGAUGGAGCAGAGAAUGUAGAAAACUUCACUUCUGGAUUUGUGAAAUGGGUAGAUGUCACGGAUCCUGUCUUUGAUACUAUAAAUAUAAAAGGAGACUGGGUCUUGUCACUGGAAAUUGGAGAACAUAUACCGCCAGAAACUACACAGAGUUUCUUAAACACUAUUGAUCGUCAUAAUCGAGAUGGAAUCAUGCUUUCUUGGGCUAUUCCUGGUCAAGGAGGCUUCCAUCAUAUCAACUGUAGAUCAAACGAGGAGGUGAUUGGACUCCUGGCCGACAUGGGCUACACUCAAGACGCAUGGACGGACGCAUUUCAGGCUGAAGUGCGUGAAACCACUGAAGCCAUCUGGUUUAAAAACUCCUUUAUGGUUUUCAAACGUAUAAAACGUGGUUGA